AUGGCGGUGAGGACGGCCCCCGCAGUGUGCGCGGCGUGCGCGCGCCCGGCGCCGCCGUCGGUGAAGGAGCCCGAGCACCCCGCGGCGGCGAAGACGGCGGUAGCCGCCUCCCCUCCUCUUCAGCUUGUUCUCCGCGGCGGCGGCUUCGAUCGGAGCGGAAGGAGAAGAUGGUGGCGGCGAUCAGGGUGCCCAAGACCCAACGCGCCAGGCGGGAGCUCCUCAAGCACGCGCCCAAGCUCAAACUUGAAAGCCCUAACUAAUGGCGGAGAUGCAGCUCCGAGACUAGGUGAUAAGAUCGGCAGGGACACAGCUAUAGUCAGCAACGAGCUGGAUCUAACAGCGGCAGGGACCAGGGAGUGGGGAACGGAGGCGGCGGAGGUUGAGACCAGCAAGAAGACACUGAUCCUCCAUGGUACCAAGACUAGUGCUGUGUUGAACUCUGUGCUGUCAGAUAUUUACCACCUAAAGCGUGAUAAUGCUGUGAAAUAUACCAAGAAGAAUGACAACAUUAGGCCUUUUGAAAGUGGUGGAGAAUCUUCUCUGGAAUUUUUCUCCCUCAAGACAGACUGCAGCCUUAUAGUGUAUGGUUCUCAUUCAAAGAAGAGGCCCAACAAUUUGAUUUUGGGAAGAACGUAUGACCACCACAUAUAUGACCUUGUUGAAGUAGGAGUUGAGAACUACAAGUCGAUGGAAUCUUAUGUUUAUGAUAAGAAGCUAGCACCAAAACUUGGAUCGAAGCCUUUCUUUGCUUUCAUAGGGGAACACUUUGAGAGUGCUGAAGAGCUGAAACAUUUGAAAGAAGUGCUGCUGGAUCUUUUCAGAGGAGAGGUCGUAGAGAAUCUAAACCUUGCUGGUGUGGAUCAGAUCUAUGUGUGCACUGCAAUCUCUCCUACUACUGUCUACAUGAUGCACUGUGCUCUCCGUCUAAAAAGGUCAGGUACAUCAAUUCCCAGGAUGGAGCUGGUCGAAGUUGGACCUUCAAUGGAUCUGGUUGUAAGGAGGCACAGACUUCCAGUUGAAAGCUUAAAGAAAGAAGCUAUGAAGACUGCUGAACAUGCUAAGAAGAUGAAAAAUGUCAUAAAGGAUCCAGUGCAGGGCAAGCUGGGCAAGGUCUACAUGCCAGACCAGCAGGUUGGGAAGUUGACCUUAUCAAACGACAUAAAGGGACUAAAGAGGGAGCGUCGCGAAGCCAAGAAAAACAAGGAGGGCUCGAAGAAGCAAAAGGUCAACCCUGAGUAA